AUUGCUUACAAUUAGUACGCAUAGUUACAACUUGACGGCGUUGUAUGGCAAGAUAUUGUCAUGGUGUACGAGAAAAUAUAUUUCUCAAUUCGAGUGUUCAAUAUUUUUACCUGUUGACGCAUUAAAUAUUGCAAUGUAAUAAGAAAAGUGUUUUAUUUGAUUUCUUUAUGUAAUUAUUUUUUUGCUGUUUAGUAUAUUUUUCAUUUUUCUAUUUUUCGUCGGGUUGAUGCAUACGUGAUGUGAGUGUAAUACUAGAAAUGGAGGGCUUAUCGACAUAAAAUAAACAAAUUACAUUUUACGUAUCAUGCAUUUAAGAUGGCAUAAAUUUUAGUUAAUACAAUGUCAGUGAGAGUGAAUUUUGAAAUAGGCCACGAGGCCUCAAUUCGAAGUAAACGCACCCUCGAAGGUUUCACACAUGACUGGGAAAUUUUUAUAAGAUGUUGUGAUGGAGAUGCACAACACUUUAUUGAACGAGUUGUAUUUCAGCUACACGAAACAUUUGCUAAACCAAAAAGAACGAUUAAGGAACCUCCAUAUACUUUGAAGGAGUCAGGUUAUGCAGGAUUUGAAAUACCUAUUGAUAUAUAUUUGAGAAAUAAAGAAGAGCCUAAAAUUCAGUUUAAAUAUGAUUUGAAUUUACAAAAUGAUGGGCCUGCCAUAACAAAAGUACAAAAAGAAAAAUAUGUUUUUCAUAACCCUUCUGAAGAAUUUAAAAAAAGACUCUUGAGAGGUGGUGGUAUUCUUGUAAAUAGUAGUAUAGAAACUGAUAAAAAUAAGGAGUGUGAUAAUAAGUUGCAACUUACUGGCAAGCCAAAAUCAGGAGCUGAUAUGCUGAAAAAGCACAAACCUAAAGAUCAUAGAUCUGAAGAACCAAAAUUGUCUAGCUUUGCACAUUUAUUCGGAACACCAAUAAGCACAGGAUCUAAGGCCUCGCCUGAUCCUAAGAAAACAUCUCCAAUUCCACCUAAAUCCAGUACAAAUCCUUCUUUGAAAAAAGAUGAUAGGGCUUUGAAAGAAAAACUGGAUAAAUCAAAAUCAAAACUGAGUCCGUCAAAAGAAAAAGAUAAUUUAAAGAGUAAAGAUACACAAGAUAAAGUUAGAGAAGAUAAGAAGAAAGCACAUAGCAAGGAUAGAGAUAGAAGCAAAGAGAAAGUAAAUAAAUCGGCUAUAAGCCCAAGACCGAAAAGUCCAAAGCAUAUAAGCCCAUCUCUGUCCAAUUCUUCUGUCAGUCGUUCUGAUUUGGAACAACAAAAAAUUAAGAUUGAUGAUUUGAAAAAGACCAAUGAUAUAAAAGAGCGCAAAAUAAAGAAAGAUAAAAAGGGCCAUGAUAGAGACAAAAAGGACCAUAAAAAGGACAGAGAGAGGGAAAAGGAAUCAUCCAAGGAAAUUAAAGUAGAUCAAAAAUCUGUAAUCAAAGACAAAGAUAAUGCCUUGCGAGAUACUAUGAUUAAAGAAAAGCCUAGGGAAAAAGAAAAAUUAGUUCCGUUGAAAAUGAAUGAUGUUCCAAAAUUAGAUCUUGAUCCUAAAUUGCAAGAAACUAAAGGUCAAGAUAAAAAAGAAUUGGAUAAAAGACAUAAACAUAAGAAAAAGGAUAAGACUAGAAAAGAUGAUUCUAAAAUAGAUAAAGAGAAAAGAAACAAAAAUGAAAGGAAUUUUGCAAGUAAAACCAGGGAAGAAAAUGAUUCUGUCAAUGCAGAUGAUGUGGUCAUGAAGAUAGACAAUGAAAAUGUUCAUGAAACAAAUACAAUAGAAAAUUUAAGUGAUCAAAUUAGCAGUGAUUCAGAAGAGUCUGUAAAAUCUGUUGAGGAACCAAUCAAACCUAAGCCUGAGCCGAUAAUUAGUAGUCCUCUAAACGAGUCACAUUUUAAUAGUAUGGAUAAACAGAAAGAGAAGGCUGUGAAAAAGCAUAAGGAAAAAACUAAAUGUUUUGAGAAAGAUGAUAAACGCAAGAAAAGGAAAAGCAAAGAGGAUUACAUUGAUAAGUCCAAAAUGUCCUUGCAGCCAUCAGCAAAGAUUCAAAAGAUGGAAGAAGAUGUUAAUUCUGAUAUGGAUACAGAAAGUUUAGAUGCUAAUGAGAAUAAUGAACAAAUCCACUUAGACAAUGAGUCAGUCUCUAUUGAAAUGAGUGAAUCGGCUGAUGUACCCUGCAGUCCAUUACCUGAAGAGAAGGCAUUCACUCCUGAUUACAUGUCUGAGUUGAAAGAAUUACAACAUAAAAUAAUGACAUUGCAAGACAACACUGAGAUUCAAGACAUUGUUCAAAUGGUAGUUGAGACUGGCCAAUUUGAAAUUACAAAGAAAACAUUUGACUUUGAUUUGUGUACGCUUGAUAGAAGUACAGUACAGCGAUUACAGGAAUUUUUUGCUAGUUCAUCGAUUAAGGAACCUCCAUAUACUUUGAAGGAGUCAGGUUAUGCAGGAUUUGAAAUACCUAUUGAUAUAUAUUUGAGAAAUAAAGAAGAGCCUAAAAAAAUUCAGUUUAAAUAUGAUUUGAAUUUACAAAAUGAUGGGCCUGCCAUAACAAAAGUACAAAAAGAAAAAUAUGUUUUUCAUAACCCUUCUGAAGAAUUUAAAAAAAGACUCUUGAGAGGUGGUGGUAUUCUUGUAAAUAGUAGUAUAGAAACUGAUAAAAAUAAGGAGUGUGAUAAUAAGUUGCAACUUACUGGCAAGCCAAAAUCAGGAGCUGAUAUGCUGAAAAAGCACAAACCUAAAGAUCAUAGAUCUGAAGAACCAAAAUUGUCUAGCUUUGCACAUUUAUUCGGAACACCAAUAAGCACAGGAUCUAAGGCCUCGCCUGAUCCUAAGAAAACAUCUCCAAUUCCACCUAAAUCCAGUACAAAUCCUUCUUUGAAAAAAGAUGAUAGGGCUUUGAAAGAAAAACUGGAUAAAUCAAAAUCAAAACUGAGUCCGUCAAAAGAAAAAGAUAAUUUAAAGAGUAAAGAUACACAAGAUAAAGUUAGAGAAGAUAAGAAGAAAGCACAUAGCAAGGAUAGAGAUAGAAGCAAAGAGAAAGUAAAUAAAUCGGCUAUAAGCCCAAGACCAAAAAGUCCAAAGCAUAUAAGCCCAUCUCUGUCCAAUUCUUCUGUCAGUCGUUCUGAUUUGGAACAACAAAAAAUUAAGAUUGAUGAUUUGAAAAAGACCAAUGAUAUAAAAGAGCGCAAAAUAAAGAAAGAUAAAAAGGGCCAUGAUAGAGACAAAAAGGACCAUAAAAAGGACAGAGAGAGGGAAAAGGAAUCAUCCAAGGAAAUUAAAGUAGAUCAAAAAUCUGUAAUCAAAGACAAAGAUAAUGCCUUGCGAGAUACUAUGAUUAAAGAAAAGCCUAGGGAAAAAGAAAAAUUAGUUCCGUUGAAAAUGAAUGAUGUUCCAAAAUUAGAUCUUGAUCCUAAAUUGCAAGAAACUAAAGGUCAAGAUAAAAAAGAAUUGGAUAAAAGACAUAAACAUAAGAAAAAGGAUAAGACUAGAAAAGAUGAUUCUAAAAUAGAUAAAGAGAAAAGAAACAAAAAUGAAAGGAAUUUUGCAAGUAAAACCAGGGAAGAAAAUGAUUCUGUCAAUGCAGAUGAUGUGGUCAUGAAGAUAGACAAUGAAAAUGUUCAUGAAACAAAUACAAUAGAAAAUUUAAGUGAUCAAAUUAGCAGUGAUUCAGAAGAGUCUGUAAAAUCUGUUGAGGAACCAAUCAAACCUAAGCCUGAGCCGAUAAUUAGUAGUCCUCUAAACGAGUCACAUUUUAAUAGUAUGGAUAAACAGAAAGAGAAGGCUGUGAAAAAGCAUAAGGAAAAAACUAAAUGUUUUGAGAAAGAUGAUAAACGCAAGAAAAGGAAAAGCAAAGAGGAUUACAUUGAUAAGUCCAAAAUGUCCUUGCAGCCAUCAGCAAAGAUUCAAAAGAUGGAAGAAGAUGUUAAUUCUGAUAUGGAUACAGAAAGUUUAGAUGCUAAUGAGAAUAAUGAACAAAUCCACUUAGACAAUGAGUCAGUCUCUAUUGAAAUGAGUGAAUCGGCUGAUGUACCCUGCAGUCCAUUACCUGAAGAGAAGGCAUUCACUCCUGAUUACAUGUCUGAGUUGAAAGAAUUACAACAUAAAAUAAUGACAUUGCAAGACAACACUGAGAUUCAAGACAUUGUUCAAAUGGUAGUUGAGACUGGCCAAUUUGAAAUUACAAAGAAAACAUUUGACUUUGAUUUGUGUACGCUUGAUAGAAGUACAGUACAGCGAUUACAGGAAUUUUUUGCUAGUUCAUGACAAAGAACAUGAGAGAUAUAAUACAGAGAAUAAAUUUAAAUUUAUGUACAGAACCAAUAAUUUAAUCACAGAAUAUUAUUACAGACGAAAUUUGUACAUAAAUAUAUAAUAGCAUAUUUUAUUAUGCUGAGCGUAUGCGGAAACCUGUGAUUUUUCAGUCCAUAGACUAUAAUGUGAUUAUUAUUUAAUAAUAACACUUUGUAGAGUACCAAUUUUUUGUAUAAGGUCAAUUUAUAAAUUAUUU